GAGGGUGUCAGGAGCGGACAGGGCACCCGGCGAGCUCAGCCCCCCUGCCUGACUCCUUCCGGGGGCGCUGACAGGCGCGCGGGACCCGGCCUCUGGGGGGCGUCGCGGGGUCAACCUGUCUGGGGGCCCUUCUUGGCGCCCCUGACCCUCGGGGUCGGCCCCCGGAUUGAUGGGGGCUCGGGACCUGAGGGAGUGCAGCCUCCGGGCAGGAGUUGGCUGGGCAACCCGGCCGUGGGACAGGCGACGGUAGGCAGGUGGGCCCCUGUCUGGGGCUUGGUAAAGUGCGCGGAGGGGGCGAGGGGCCCGGCCAGGUGCGCGCGGGAGGCCCGCUGGAAGCGCUCAGGAAAUGUUUGCUGGGAGUUGGGAGAAACUCUGCCCUGGGGACGAGGCGCCUUGCUUUUGCCCGGGCCAGGGAAAGUGGCGGAUUUUACAGCAAAACUCGGGGGGAAGCCUUGCUGGACCGGACGAAAGCGAGAGGGACCCGGAGGACCCGCCUGGAUGGGGACCAGAGACGAACAGAUCUGCCUGGGAAUGUAGACGUUUCUGUCCUUUGGAUUGACGUGGGAGAUGCGAAACUGUGUUCUCCUGAUUUCCGCAGCAGAGCAUUGUGUCCUUGUGACCUGUGCAAUUCUUGAUAGUGCCACAAAAGAGGAAGGAGAGAAGUAACAAGGACAGGAAUCCAGUGACAAGUUCCUAAACAAGCCUUAACCUGUACCAAAAUUAUCAGAUGACAACCAGUUUUGACCGUCUAAUGUAGUAGGUGAUAUGGCAUUCUCUAUCGUCUGGGUCAUAUGGAGGUCAGUUAAUGCCACGUCAAAGAGAAUUCCGUAGAACUCUGUUGUCUUCACACAAACCAUGACCCUCAUGGUUGUCAGGUCUUUCAGAUGCAGACUCAUGCUUUCAGGAGGAAGGCUAACCCUAUCAAACCGUGUGUCCUUGCGCUGCACUCAUUUAAUGACCUCGCCCUUUGUUGCGGCAUGCAGGAUCUAGUUCCUGGACCAGGGAUCGAACCCGGGCCCCCUGCAUUGGGAGCACAGAGUCUUAACCACUGGGCCACCAGUUACCAAAAUCCCAGCAGGAUGUUGAGAAAUCAACCAACUGACAGAAGUGCAAAGGAGAAGACUAUCCAAGUACGCAGGAUCAGUUUGAUCUCUGGAGGAGCUGGAAACUGAAUAACUAAGGUCAGCCAUGUGGAUGCUCCAUGCCUGUGAGACCUGACCCUCACUGAAAGCCCUGGGCAUGAAGUCUCAGAGCACCCCAAGUCUCCCCCGCAGCCAGGUAUGGCAUGUAAUCAAUCGGAUGGAAGCAGGAAGGGUGUGUGCACCUCGCUAUGGCCUGAACACGGGCAUGCCUGCAGCCCUUCUUCAACAAAUAAGGCAACCCUCAGGAAUGCCAGAACAGCCAGAUGGAAGGAACCUAUAUCUCAGAAUGACCUCACAGAGCAGUUAUCCUGCCAACUGGGUUGGCCAGACUAUUACUGGAGAGAGAAAUUUCCAUUUUCUCGAAGCUACUGUAUCUUUUUUUAUAGCAACCUAGCCCUCACUCUAACCAAUACACAAGAUGAAGAGUUUGAGUCCCAGAUAGGGGAAAUUUCCUCUUGUUCAAGGUCACACAGUAAGGAAGCAGCAGAGUCAGAAAUUUAACCAGUGCCUUCGAAUAUUCAUCGCGUUGUACGCCUUCCCUUGCUUAGUUGAUAAAUACGUAGUCUAAUCUCUGCCAGCGUAACCUCACUCAAGCUAGAUGUUUCUAUACUCGUUUCUUUGGUACAGGGCCCAAGUUACCCUUUCCUUGGCCAAAGAGACCCAAUACUGUCCUGAGGUUCAGUUUAUACUAUGAAAUUCGUUAUUCUAUGCUGUGGUCUGAAUAUUUGUGCUCUCCUCCCCGAAUUCUUAUGUUGCAGUCCUAACCCCCAAGGUGAUGGUGACAGGAAGUGGGGCUUUGGGGAGGUGAUUAGGUUACGAGAGCAGAGCCCUUGUAAAUGGGAUUGGUACCCUUAUCAAAGAGACCAGGGAGCUUGCUUGUCCCUUCCACCACGUGAAGACAGAGAGAGAAGUCAGCAAUCUGCCACCAGGAAGAGGGCCUUCACCAGAACCCAACUGUGCGGGCACUUUGAUCUUGAAUUUCGCAGCCUCCAGAACUGUGAGAAACAAAUGUCUGUUACUUACAAGCAGGCUGUGGUAUCUUGUUAUGGCAGCCCGAAGGGACUGAGACAUCCCCAUAGGCUUUGUAUUUGCCUUUAUUGUGGGCCUUUAAUCAGAGUUCCGUGUUUAAAAUGUAUGUUUUUCAUGCUGGACUGUUAGCCUCUGAAGGUCAGGGACAUAUUUUAUUGAUCCUUGUUUCCCCUGUGUCUUGUACAUAACAGGGGCUUUAUAAAGGUUCUUUGAGGGCGAACUGAAUGACUGAAUGAGGGAGGAAAUAGAUAUUUGACAAUGAGAACAAAAUGUGGUUAAUUUCAAGUUGCUCUCCAAGGAAAAUCUAGGAAGUAACUUUCAUGUAUGUAAACACACACCAACAGACAGGGACAGGGUCAAGGCCUCCAGUGUGCAGAUAGUAUUACUUAACAAAUACUAUAAGGUUAAACAGUAGCUGAGAUAGCUUAGCUGUGGUGUCGAAUGAUUAGUUUAUGCAGCCUCACAACACAAACCUGAAGAGCAGCUCGUUUAUUUUUCAUCCGUGCUGGCAGCAACAGCGCCUGUGUUUUGGGACAGAGCUCUCAUGUGAGCAGUUAAUGACACCCACUUGGUAAAAGCACAUGUUUCUAGAAACUCUGCUUUUCUUGAUUUCACACUGUACCCAGAUACUGGCAGCCAAUAGUUUUUUUGUUUUGUUUUUAAACUAAAAAUAUAAGUGCCCUGGUGGUGAAAAGGUAAGAAUUGUAUAGUCUAAAUGGUAUAACUCACUUCUAAUUUUCAUCAUAGUACAAGGUCUGAGACAGACCUGGGUCUGAAUCCAAUUUUUCCUACUCAAAAGUUCUAUGAUUUGGGGCAAGUUUCAUAACCUGUCUGAGCCUCAUUUUCCUCGUUUGGAAAGGAGAGAUAAUACCAGUCUCCAGUGAACUGGUAAAUGUUUAACAAACGGCUCUCAGAGCAAAAAAAAAAAACCUGAAACCCUGGUUUCAGCUUUUGCUAAUUUUCAUGGUGUAAUUAUUCCCACAAUGGCCUGUUUCAAGCUGCCAGUGUGAUGUCCCUGAACACAGAGAGGGGAAGAGAUGGACAGUUGAGUACAGUAUGAUAAAGUAUUUCCACCAUACAGUAGAUGUCAUCACCUCUAGGGCCUAGAUGAUAGUCAAACAGUGACUGAUAAUAAAAAAUUAGGAAGUGAUGAAUUUUAAGUACUUAUUACCUUUGGUUUCAAUAUAUAUUUGGACGUAACAUAUAAUAUUUAUAUAAUUAGAUUCUUAAUAAUGGCUGAAUAUAGACACCAGCUCAUCAAAUUCCUGAAAAUUUAACAGUUGUCCUUUGUGAGCUGCAUACCAGUUUCCAGCACACAACUGCCCAGCUCCUGCUCUUGGAUUUCAUAAACAACACUGCAACAAACAGAUUUCUCUAUGGUACCUACCCCCAUCACAGGAUGUAUGAGUGGCAUGUGACUCAGUACUCUGCCAGAUUGUUCUCCAGAAUGCCCAUAGCAGCUUACAUUCCUUCCCAUCAGCAGUGCCCGAGGGCUUCCAUAGCCCCCUCGCAAGGUGCAUCACUGCAGGAUGAGUAAGAUGAGGAUGGACACAGCAACUCCAUGCAGCAUUCCAAGAAACAGCCAAGCAUCUGUCCUGGAACGUGGACCCAUCUUAUAAGCAUAGUGCUUAGUGAUAAAAAGUAAAAGCAGAAGGAGAUCUAUAACACAAUACUAUUCAUUUCAAAAAGAUUUGAAGCUCGGAGAAGCCACAUUUUCCCCAAGAUGAAAGAACUAGCAAGAACAAGGGCCGCAGCUGUCUAGCUAAUACAGGAGUGACCAGGUCCCCUGCCAGGGAGAACAAGAAAGGCCCAUGUGGACUUUGCUGGAAACUGAGAUGCAAGCAACCCUAGACUGGAGGAAUGAAGAUCCUGACAAGUUUCUGAGAGCCAAGGAUGUUCCAGUUGUGGCAGAAGCAGCUCAUGAUGCAAAUGACUCCCAGGCCAGACUGCUCUCUGCUUUCUUUUUGACAUAAGUGUCAGUGGUGUGUAAGGAUGGAAGAACAGGCAAGGAAGUUCCCAGAGGAAAGCUGGAUGCUGUCACUGGGAGAAGGCCGGCCAGAAGAAUGGACGUUCGCCAUGGAGUGAGCAUAACUUGUCCAAGGUCACACAGCCAACAAAUGGCAGAAUCAAACUUGAACUCAAAUCCGUCUUACAUCAAAGCUUAAGAUAUACCAUUUCAUAAACAGAUACACCGAACUUCAGCCCCUUCCCAGGAGAGGCUCAAAACCCGGAGCGACGGAAUCUGCGGAGCGGGACACAAAGCACGACCGACGCAGCCGAGCAUGCGCAGCAGCCCCGCCCAGCCCGGCCGCUCUCGCCGCUGGGGGAGGGUCAUCCGAGACUGACGUCCGCGACGCCCCGGGAAGAGGAGGGCGAAGACUCCAUCCGCCAUGUUGGAUGCCGCAGAUUCGCCAUAACCGCGCCGGCUCUUUUCUUAAAAAAAUAAAAAUAAAAAGCGAAGCAUCAGCGGAGCGCCCCGCCUUCUCGGUCGGCGCGGGAGGGGGCCCGGAGGAGCCCGAGGCUUUUUUUUCUUCAGCGGUGGAGGCGUUGCCAUGGAGACGCGGGCGGCAGAAAACCCGGCCAUCUUCAUGUGUAAAUGUUGUAACCUUUUCUCACCAAGUCAAUCGGAACUCCUCUCCCACGUUUCUGAGAAGCACGCAGAAGAGGGGGUUAAUGUGGAUGAGAUCAUCAUUCCCCUGAGGCCUCUGAGUACCCCUGAACCCACCAACCCAGGCAAAACCGGAGAUGAGUUUUCGGUCAUGAAGAGGAAGAGAGGUAGGCCAAAGGGGUCCACGAAGAAGGCCAGCCCCGAAGAGGAACUAGUGGAAAACAACGUUAUUCCCAGUGGGGACAGCCCGCGGGCCCCGGAGGGAGGGGGCAGCCUGACUCCCAGCAGCCUGGAGUGCAGCAAGUGCUGCCGGAAGUUCUCCAACCCACGCCAGCUGAGGAAGCAUAUCUGCAUCAUCGUGCUGAAUCUGGGCGAGGAGGAGGGAGAGGCCGGUAACGAAUCUGACCUUGAACUGGAGAAGAAGUAUAAGGAAGAUGAUCGAGAAAAGGCCCCGAAGAGACUGCGGACUCAGAGAGUGGAGAAAGUCCAGAAGGUCUGCUCGGGAAAAGAGGCCGCGCAGAUCUCCGGAGCCAAGAAGCCCAUCAUAAGUGUGGUUUUAACGGCUCACGAAGUGAUUCCAGGUGCUACCAAGAUUGUUCCGGUGGAGGCUGGGCCCCCGGAAGCAGGAGCCGCAGACCCCGAGGCCGCGGCAGCCGACCUGGCGCCCCGGAGAGGGUACCAGGAGUAUGCCAUCCAGCAGACACCCUAUGAGCAGCCCAUGAAGUCGAGCAGGCUCGGGCCCACCCAGCUCAAGAUCUUCACCUGUGAGUACUGCAACAAGGUCUUCAAGUUCAAGCACUCGCUGCAGGCCCACCUGCGGAUCCACACCAACGAGAAGCCGUACAAGUGCUCCCAGUGCAGCUACGCCAGCGCCAUCAAGGCCAACCUCAACGUGCACCUGCGCAAGCACACGGGCGAGAAGUUCGCCUGCGACUGCUGUUCCUUCACCUGCCUGAGCAAGGGCCACCUCAAGGUGCACGUGGAGCGGGUGCACAAGAAGAUCAAGCAGCACUGCCGCUUCUGCAAGAAGAAGUACUCCGAUGUCAAGAACCUCAUCAAGCACAUCCGUGACGCACACGACCCGCAGGACAAGAAGGUCCAGGAGGCCCUGGACGAGCUCUGCCUGAUGACGAGGGAGGGCAAGCGGCAGCUGCUCUACGACUGCCACAUCUGCGAGCGCAAGUUCAAGAACGAGCUGGACCGCGACCGCCACAUGCUGGUCCACGGUGACAAGUGGCCCUUCGCCUGCGAGCUCUGCGGCCAUGGGGCCACCAAGUACCAGGCGCUGGAGCUGCACGUCAGGAAGCACCCGUUCGUGUACAUCUGCGCCCUCUGCCUCAAGAAGUUCGUCAGCUCCAUCCGCCUGCGUGCCCACAUCAAGGAGGCGCACGGGGCCGCCCAGGAGACCCUGGUCUUCACCAGCUCCAUCAACCAGAGCUUCUGCCUCCUGGGGCCCGGCGGGGACAUCCAGCAGGAGGCCCUGGGCGGGCAGCCGCAGCUGGCGGAAGAGGAGUUUGUGUUCCAGGGGGUGAACGCACCCAAGGAGGCGGCCGGUGCUGGGGACUCUCGUCCCGAGGGGGGGUCCGAGGCCCCAACAGAGGCGCCCGUGGCGCCUGUGCGCUCGGCCGCCGCCCAGGCGGACAGCGCCACCCCGGCACCCUGCGAGCUGGCGGCCUCCGCGGUGUCCUCGGACCUUCGUCCGCACGCGGUGGUUUCCGAUGAGUUCCUGUUGAAGAGCGGUCCGUCCUCUGCCGAGGCUCUGGUUGCUCCGGAGAAGACCCUGCGCACCCAGCAGGGAGGCUCCUCUCCAGCUCAGGGCCAGGACGUCGCACCACUGCUGUCCAAGGCCAAAGGCGCCGCAGCAAACCCGGAAGCCCAGGGCGCCGAGAGCCCCCCGGCUGAAGGGCAGCAAGUGGCUGCCCUCCCAUCCGACGGCCCAGAUCCCGGCAGGGGUCUCAGGGCAAACCCAGCCGAGGCCUCGGACCCUCCUCCGGGAGCUGGUGGGAGGGACGCGGCCCUGUGCCGGCCUGGCUCUUGCACGCCCGCCCCCGAGCACCGGGCGGGCAUCACUGCGUUCAUGAAGAUCCUGGACAGUUUACAGAAGAGGCGCAUGAAUACCGGCCUGUGCGAGAGGAUCCGGAAGGUGUAUGGCGACCUGGAGUGCGAAUACUGUGGCAAACUUUUUUGGUACCAAGUGCAUUUUGACAUGCAUGUCCGCACCCACACCCGGGAACAUCUGUAUCAUUGCUCCCAGUGUAACUAUUCCUCCAUCACCAAAAACUGCCUUAAACGCCAUGUAAUUCAGAAACACAGUAACAUCUUGCUGAAGUGCCCCACUGACGGCUGUGACUACUCGACUCCAGAUAAAUAUAAGCUGCAGGCACAUCUUAAAGUUCACACAGAGCUGGACAAAAGGAGUUAUUCUUGUCCUGUGUGUGAAAAGUCUUUUUCAGAAGAUCGAUUGAUAAAGUCACAUAUCAAGACCAACCAUCCCGAGGUUUCCAUGAGCACCAUUUCCGAGGUUCUCGGGAGGAGGGUGCAGCUGAAAGGGCUCAUUGGAAAGAGAGCCAUGAAAUGCCCGUAUUGUGAUUUCUAUUUCAUGAAGAAUGGCUCAGACCUUCAGCGUCAUAUUUGGGCUCAUGAAGGCGUGAAGCCCUUCAAAUGUUCUUUGUGUGAGUAUGCAACUCGUAGCAAGAGUAACCUCAAGGCUCAUAUGAAUCGUCACAGCACUGAGAAGACCCACCUAUGUGACAUGUGUGGCAAGAAAUUCAAAUCAAAAGGGACGCUGAAAAGUCACAAGCUUCUUCACACUGCUGACGGGAAGCAGUUCAAGUGCACGGUGUGUGAGUACACGGCAGCGCAGAAGCCGCAGCUGCUGCGGCACAUGGAGCAGCACGCCUCCUUCAAGCCUUUCCGCUGCGCCCAUUGCCACUACUCGUGCAACAUCUCAGGCUCCCUGAAGCGGCACUACAACAGGAAACACCCCAACGAGGAGUACACCAACGUGGGCACCGGGGAGCUGGCGGCCGACGCGCUCAUCCAGCAAGGUUGUUUGAAGUGUCCUGUGUGCAGCUUCGUUUAUGGCACCAAAUGGGAGUUCAACAGGCACUUGAAGAACAAGCAUGGCCUGAAGUUGGUGGAGAACGAAGGAGAUCCCAAGUGGGAGCCAGCAACAGAAACUCCGGAGGAGCCCUCCACCCAGUACCUGCAUAUCACCGAAGCCGAAGAGGAUGUCCAGGGCACACAGGCAGCGGUGGCUGCCCUCCAGGACCUGAGAUACACCUCAGAGAGUGGUGACCGACUUGACCCCACGGCUGUAAACAUCCUCCAGCAGAUCAUCGAGCUGGGCACUGAGACCCACGACGCCACUGCCGUUGCCUCGGUGGUCGCCAUGGCGCCUGGGACGGUGACUGUCGUGAAGCAGGUCACGGACGAGGAGCCCAGUUCCAACCACACGGUCAUGAUCCAGGAGACCCUCCAGCAGGCCUCCGUGGAGCUGGCCGAGCAGCAUCACUUGGUGGUGUCCUCCGACGACGUGGAGGGCAUUGAGACGGUAACCGUCUACACGCAGGGCGGGGAGGCCUCGGAGUUCAUCGUCUACGUGCAGGAGGCCAUGCAGCCCGUGGAGGAGCAGGCCGUGGGGCAGCCGGCCCCGGAGCUCUAGCGGACACGCAGUGUGGGACAGCACCACGGGGCGGGGCUGCCGGCCUCUGCGGAGCCCCCGGGACACCCGGGGCGGGGAGGCCCCAGAGCAGCGCUCUCCGCAGCGCUCUCCUCUGCGCUGUCCGCCCCGGCGGCCGCGUGGGGCUCUCGUGGCCCUGCUUUGGGUGGGCGAGGGAACAGCAUCACCAGCGACACAGGAGCGCUGCCCCCAGCACAGGCACACACACCUUCCCCCCGCGUCGUCUGCUUCCAGAAGGACCUGUGCCUCAGCUCCCCAAACACGGCCCGUACCGCAUAGCCCCUUUGCUUCAGGUGUCGAGCAGAGACCCCCAGUUCUCAUCGGCGUCUUCCCUGAAUCACAGCCUACCUUUGACCCCUGUCUAGGUGCCGGAUCUUUACCUGGGACUACUCUGCCUCCUGGUAACCAGGAGGCAGCUGUCAGAGAAAGUGACCUUAGGGUUUUUGAAUCACCUGUGAGAGAAAAGAGGGUUGGGGUUCUCUACACAGUUCUACCCUCCUCCAGCAUCAAGGGCGCUUAUUAUCAUGUGAAGUAGCUAUGGUUUGAUGGCCCUCCCGCUCCCAUCACAAGUGGUGGCCUCAGCUUACUAUCUUGGAAUUCUUUUGCUUUUCAAAUAAAUGCACUUUCUCCUAUCCACCUCCUACUCUAAGGAGGUGAGGCGGAUAGAAUAAAAGCAUUCUCUGCCUGAGUACUUCUGCUCCUGUUAGGUUGGUGGCUUUACCUUUCCCCUUCCCAAGUCAGAAGCUUGGAUUUGGACCCCACCCAGGACCACCCCCUCUGAGGCCCAGGCCCCACCUCCUGUGGCAGCGACGCUGUUCUCCCUCUGAAGCAUUAGCCUUGCUUUGGGGCCACUGUUUGAGGCUGACGGUCUGGCGCCCCACGUCCUGGCACCUCGCAUCGGGUUCGCUGCAGCCCCUUCCCACCUUGGGAGGAGCGGUAAACCGGCAGUCGGGAGCCUUCGUGAUGCUCUCUAGUCCGACGACCUUUUGGCCCAGGUGCUCGUGAUCAAUCCCGUACCUUUUGGCGCCUCUGCCGUGUGACAGCCUUGUGGAGGCGCCGAGGGGAGUCCUGCGGCCCCCCGUCCAGCCCCGGGCUCUCCUGACAUCGUCACCCAACAUCCAGCUCACUGAGGUCACGAUCGUUUUUCUAUCAAAUGAAAUUUAAUUUAAUUUAUAGUGAUUCUAACCAAGUGUUGGAAUAAACCAUCCUUUUAAGUUGUA